AUGAGGGAACAUCGAUUGGGCACUAGCAGGGAGUGCACACCGUCAUGGUGCUCCGAUUCUCAGUCGCCAUCUGUUUCUUUGACACCAGAACUGGAUGGGUCGAACUUGACGCAAUCAGACGAGCAAAGCCGACGAUGCACACCUGCGCCUGCACGGUGUUCUGCAGCUCUACCCGGAGGUGACUGGGACACACUUGUACAGGAUUUACAUAUGCUGUAUCCACACCAAGAUUCUGAUAGUAUAGCUGCAGCUGCGAGUGAUGGGACAGCAGAGAAAAGGGACUUUCAGCUUCAAGCAGACGUGCCAACGUCUGACUGGAUUUCUUCAUUCACGGACACCCCCGCAUUAUUGACACACGUCAAUGAUACCCAAAGUAUGAAGCGGACUGCAGCUGAUGACAGUAGCAGCGCGAUGCUUGAACUAUGUCAACCUGCCAAGCGUCAACGCGUGCGACCGAUUGGUGCGCGCCCAAUUUUAGCAUCCGGGUACCAAGUACCUGCUCUCUUGCCAAUGGAUCCCAGAGCUAUUUCUAAUGAUAUGAAAAGACCUGCUGCUGUGCGUGCUUGGCUCCUCGAGCGCCGAGCCCUCCUUCAAAAAGCUCAUGAUGACGUUUACAAAGAUAUGACGGGCCUUAAAAGUGAUCAAGCACAUUAUGCAGAAUUGCGCAAGCUUCUUAGUGAUCGUAUAUGUACGUUACGGAAGCGACGGGGACAAACGAUUUCGGACGUGCCUUUCGAACAGACUAAUAACCACGUUGAUGGCAUAGGAGUUGGCAUGGACGUUGUUGAUGAUAUUGGAAGUGUCGGCGUGGACGUGAAUGAGCUAGACGAUGGCAUAUGGAAUGCAUCGAAUGUCUCAUCUGUUGCCGAUUUAUUGGAGAAGAACAUCCUAUGCCUGUAA